CGUUGGCUUUUACCCUAAAGAGACAAAUAAAAUAAAAUUGAUGAACCAGACCAUCGAUUCUAGACUAAAAUCUCCACUGUUCUCUCCAUUAUUAAGAGCCAAAAACGAUACCACAAGCUCAUGGGGAUCUCGUAAGAGAGGUUUUCUAUCUGUCUCCAGAAACAGGAAUAAUCUGACCGCCAAAAUCUCACCACGAGAAAGUAGCAGGAAUGCCUUUUCCGAUUCUAGCUCAGCUAGGGAGACCAUUUUCUCUACUAAUGCAAAUAUUGGAAUAAAAUAAGUACAAGCUGAGCCCAAAAGAGAUCGCCACUGACAUCAUCCAAAAGUACAACACUCGAGUCUCGAACUAUCAUCAGACGCAGAAAGCUCCCAGAAAAGUCAUUGCUAACAAAUUUAGCAGUUAUAAAUUACGUAGUUUCAUAGAAAAGGAGAUAAAACUUAAGAAGAACAUCCCUGACUGAACUAAGUAUUCAAAUAUCACCGAUUGGUCCAAAAAGGGUAAAUUUGCAAUGUCUAAAGGUCCCAAGAUGAGAUGGAUGUGGCAUAUCUUCCAUGAGGCUAAGAGCAAACCCGCACCUGAUUCUUACAACCUUGAUGCUAAGAAGAAUAAUAAAGGAGUCUUUAUUUCUCGAGAAAAUAAGACUUAUAUUGAUGAAAUGAUGUAUAGAGCUUAUGCCACUCCUGGUCCUUACGAUAAGAUUGACAGUCUGAUUCUCAAGAAAUCUGGCUUCAAAGGAGUUAGUUUUAAUGCCAUCAAAUCAGGACGGUUUAAGCCAUUGAUAAAGACACCAGAUCCAGGCCCUGCAACGUAUAAAAUUGAAAAAUCUUUGGAAAGAAUAGAACCAAAGUCAAAAGGGUUUAAGAUCUCUCCGACUAAAAUAGUCAGAUAUGCUAGCCUAGAAGCGAAACAGAAGUCUUCGAUUCCUCCUGUUGGCCACUACAAAGGGCUUGACCUGGCCUAUAAGAAGGCAUUCAAGCCGAUGAGGAGAAGUAGGAGAUAAUUCAUUUAAUUUUCAAUUAGACUCAA